UCUUCUUCUCGCGAACCGCAUCGAAGUCGUUCAGUAGCUCUCUGCCUCUCUAGCCAAGCAUGGAGCGCCACUUCCAACAAAAUUCACCUCAACCACACCAGCGGUCCAUGCCCUUCAGAGAUAUGCAUAACAGCAUGAACGGUCAAAUUUCACCGCCGGUCGUUUAUUUCGACGGCUCAAACCUCCCCGAUCGGUCUCAGCAUCCUCCUUACGUCCCUCCGUUUCAAGUGGUUGGGUUAGUGCCUGUUCCAGUGGAGGAAGCUACGCUGGAUUUGCAGUGGAAUUAUGGGUUGGAAGCGAAGAAGAGACCCGAAGAGCAGGAUUUUCUAGAGAACAAUUCUCAGAUAUCUUCAGUGGACUUCUUGCAGCGGCGCUCAGUGUCCACUGGGCUCGGCUUGUCUCUCGACAAUGGCCGACUGGCAUCAUCUGGGGACUCAUCUUUUCUCGGUCUGUCAGGGGAUGACAUUGAACGGAAGUUACAGAGCCUUGAUGCUGAAAUUGAUAGAUACGUUAAGCUCCAGGGUGAUCAAUUAAGGCAGGCUAUACUAGAGAAGGUGCAGGCAAGUCAACUCCAGACUAUCUCCUAUCUUGAAGAAAAGAUCAUUCAAAAGCUACAUGAGAAAGAGGCAGAGGCUGAAUACACCAACAAAAAAAAUUUGGAGCUUGAAAUACAAAUGGAAAAACUAUCUAUGGAGGCUGAGGCUUGGCAACAGCGAGCCAAAUACAAUGAAAACCUGAUUCACACACUCAAGUUCAAUUUACAGCAGGUUUAUGCUCAAAAUAUAGAUAGUAAAGAAGGAUGUGGUGAUAGUGAGGUGGAUGAUACAGCAUCCUGUUGUAAUGGGCGUGCCAUUGAUUUUCACUUGCUUUCCCAGGAUAAAAAUGGAAUGAAGAAGUUGAUGACUUGUAAAUUUUGUAGAGUCAAUGAAGUAUGCAUGCUACUUUUGCCCUGUAGGCAUCUCUGCCUUUGUAAAGAAUGUGAAAGUAAGCUUAGGCUUUGUCCUUUGUGUCAGUCCAGUAAAUACCUAGGUAUGGAAGUUUAUAUGUAAUUAAAUAAUAUGAAUCAGUCUGAUAGUCGACAUUACCUCGGUGACUAUUUUUCCAUUCUGCUUUCUUUGUUGACUUGUUACUUAUUUUCAGCACCUCUAAGUAUUAGUUCAGUGCUA